AGGACGAUGUCAGUAAUGCCUAGUCUCAAUAUAUCACUCAACAGCACAAGCUUCUUCGCUGAAAAUAACAGCAUUAUGGAUAAACCUAAUGAGCAGAGAACUUUGAAUGUCUUUCUCUUCUGCUUGACUUUUAUCAUUACAUUCACAGCGCUUCUGGGCAGCAUUUAUUCACUAGUUUUCCUGCUGAAAAUGCAGAACAAAACCACGAUGUCAGUGAUUGUGACCUCGCUGUCAGUAGAUGAUUUGAUCAGCAUUGUGCCAGUGAUUAUUUUCAUGGUCACCCAGUGGUCAAGUGAUGUGCUCCCCCAGCCUCUGUGUACCACCUCAGCGCUUAUGUAUUUAUUUCAGGGCAUUUCUAGCAAUCUGAAAGCAUCUCUUAUAGUUUCUUACAACUUCUACACCAUCAACAAAACUCUAACAAUGAGCCGCAGCACUUCCAAACGACCAGUGAGCAUGACGUGGGCCAUUCUCACUAUCUGGAUUGUCAGUUUGCUAAUCUGCAUUUUGCCUCUCUGUGGCUGGGGCAACUACAUCCCCACCUCAUGGGGCUGCUUCAUUGACUGUGCCAGUUCCUACAUCUUGUUUUUAUUUAUUGUCUACUCGCUGUGUUUUUGCCUCCUCACAGUGCUUUCUGUCCCUCUAACUUACCAGCUGUUGUGUUCAGAUGAACAGCAGCAAUUAUACAUUGAUUACCAGGAAAUCUCUCGAGGCUGUGUCACCCCUGCGACACCUGCAGGCUGCAGUACUGCUACCCUAUCUCUGUCACCAGAGGACCCUGUGGAUAAAACCCUGAAGCGCUUCCAAAAUGCAUGUGCCAGCUCAGAGGCAGUUUUCAGGAAAGGUGUGGCUGAGAGCGGUGGACUCAAGCCCCGUUGUGUGAACAACAUACAGAGCAGGAGCUUCACAGUGGGUUUUGCCCAGAAACGAUUCUCACUGAUUCUUGCAUUGACAAAAGUCAUUCUCUGGCUUCCAAUGAUGAUACAAAUGGUUGUCCAGCACAUCAUAGGUUUUCAAAGCCUUUCGUUUGAGACACUUAGCUUUCUGCUGACUUUCCUGGCUGCCACAGUCACCCCGGUAUUUGUCCUGUCAGAAAACUGGAUUCACCUGCCUUGUGGCUGCAUCAUUAACUGCAGGAGGAAUGUGUAUGCUGUGUCUUCGGAAGAACUCAAAACCAAACGGAGAGGUUUUGAGUUCAAUCUGUCUUUCCAGCAAAGUUAUGGAAUCUACAAAAUAAACCAUGAAAACUACCAUCAUGAUGAUGGUGAUAAAUCUGUGUCAUAUCACAACUUGGUGAGCUAUGAUUGUGGUAACUCCAAGGAGCCCCAGAAAGCAAGCGACCAUGCCUGCGAGUGUGGGAGCACGGAGUUCAGCACCGCGGCCGUGGUGGACAGCUCCAGCCUGGCUGCCGGCUGCAGCAGCGUCCGUCUGGCGGGGACAGAGAGUGGGCAAGAUCCUGGCCUGGACGGUAACCUGGACCAUCUCCUUUCUGACAAAUCAGGAGGCUUUAAAAGAGAAGAGGCCAGCAGUUUUGAUAACUCGACUUUUUUUGAAGGACCAGAGAGAAGAUUGUCUCAUGAGGAAAGCCAUAAACCUGAGCUCACAGAUUGGGAAUGGUGCAGGAGCAAAUCAGAGAGGACCCCUCGACAGCGCUCAGGUGGUGCCUUAGCUAUUCCUUUGUGUGCAUUUCAAGGAACUGUAUCUCUUCAGGCACCCACGGGAAAAACCCUCUCUUUAUCUACAUAUGAGGUAAGCACAGAGGGGCAAAAAAUAACACCCACGUCAAAGAAAAUUGAAGUAUAUCGAUCUAAGAGUGUUGGUCACGAGCCUAACCCAGAGGAGUCUCCUAGUACCUUUGCUGACACAAGUGUUAAAAUUCAUUUAGAGGUUCUUGAAAUUUGUGACAAUGAAGAGGCCCUGGAUACUGUGUCAAUCAUCAGUAAUAUCAGCCAGUCCUCCACACAGGUUAGGUCUCCAUCCUUGCGGUACUCACGGAAAGAAAAUAGGUUUGUUUCAUGCGAUUUAGGGGAAUCUGCCUCCUACUCACUCUUCAUACCAUCAAACAAUCCUGACAGUGAUAUUAACAUAUCAAUUCCAGACACUGUCGAAGCUCAUCGGCAGAACAGUAAAAAGCAACAUAUGGAAAGAGAUGGUUAUCAGGAAGAAAUACAGAUGUUGAAUAAAGCAUACAGAAAAUGUGAAGAAGAUGGCAACAACAAUUAA